CCGCCAUCACACGUGCGCUCAAACCGAGCCCGUCCCCCUGUCCGCGCAUCUCCACCGUCCGAUCCCCAGCCGAUGGCGGCGGAGCCGGCCGCGGACGGCCACGAUCCCCCUCCUCCCCCGGCGGACUACGCCGCCGUCGCCGGCGCUGGCGACGCCUCAGCGGCGGAGGCGGCGGACGCUCUGGUGAGCGCGGCGUCGGAGCAGCUGACGCUGGUGUACCAGGGCGACGUCUACGUCUUCGACCCCGUCACGCCCCAAAAGGUUCAGGCUGUUCUGUUAGUACUUGGAGGGUAUGAGGUUCCGCCCGGUUUAGUAAACAUGGCUGUACCCACCGCACAUGAUGAAAAGAGUACAACUGUGGCUGCUAGAAGGGUUGCUUCCUUAAUGAGGUUCCGCGAGAAGAGAAAGGAAAGAUGUUUUGAUAAAAGAAUAAGAUACAGUGUGCGCAAGGAAGUUGCCCAAAAGAUGAAACGGCGUAAAGGCCAAUUUGCUGGGAGGGCAGAUUUUGGUGAUGGCGCCUGUUCUUCUGCUGCUUGUGGCUCUCCAGCUAACGGCGAGGAUGAUCAUUUUCAUGAAACCCAUUGCCAAAAUUGUGGCAUCAGCUCAAGGAUUACUCCAGCAAUGCGUCGGGGCCCAGCUGGUCCAAGGUCCCUCUGUAAUGCUUGUGGUCUAAUGUGGGCAAAUAAGGGUACUCUAAGAAGUCCUUUGAAUGUCCCCAAAAUGGCUCUACAACACCCUGCCAAUCCGAGUAAAAUGGGAGAUACAGAUGAAAAAAACUCAAUUGUUCCUCCUGCCGAGCAUAAUCGAGCCGCUGUCAAAACUGACUCUGAGAUGAUGACAGAACAGGAGCAGAAGCUGGACAUACGCCCACCGACCGAAGAAGAUAUCAAGGCAGUUUCAUGACAAGUGCCCAAAUAUGUGUAUAUAAAUUGAAACAUAGUUUUUGUCAGAAACUCCUGACUUUAGGAUGACAUGUAAGGCAGAGAAACUAACAAAAGCAGCUCCAUUGCCAAAAAAAAAUGCAUGUAUUGGGCUGCCACAUCUAUCUCCUCCAUGUACCCUAUUCAUAUUGUAUGAUUUGAUUGCAGGCAGUAAUACAAUCCUUUUUAACCGGUUGGGUC